CACUUCACCAUCCACUCAUCUAGCCUGCACUUCCUGAGCUUGCCUACGAGGACGUGAUGGGAGAUAGUGCCAAAAGCCUUGCUGAAGUCCAGAUUUCUGAGGGAAGAUGAAUUUAGCAGAGAUUUGUGAUAAUGCCAAGAAAGGAAGAGAAUAUGCACUCCUUGGGAAUUAUGACUCUUCAAUGGUAUAUUACCAGGGUGUCAUCCAGCAGAUCCAGAGACAUUGUCAGUCGAUCAGAGAUCCAGCAAUUAAGGGCAAAUGGCAACAGGUCCGACAAGAACUAGUGGAAGAAUAUGAGCAAGUUAAGAGCAUUGUCAACACUUUAGAGAGUUUUAAAAUGGACAGACCUGCAGACAUCCCUGUAUCCUGUCAAGAUGAGCCUUUUAGAGAUCCUGCUGUUUGGCCCCCUCCUGUUCCAGCUGAACACAGGGCCCCACCUCAGAUAAAACGUCCCAACCGAGAAGCAAAACCCUUGAGGAAAGAAUCACCAGGACUGCAGCCACGUGGGCCUGCGGGCAGAGCACACCCAGCAUCAAAAAGUGAGAAGUCUGCAAGUAGCCGUGAAAGGGAAUCUAGAGCUAGAGGAAGAGAUGACAAGGGAAAGAAAAUAACCCAGGAAGGUGCUGGUGAUGGGGAAAUUCCAAAAUUUGAUGGAGCAGGUUACGACAAAGAUUUGGUCGAAGCUCUUGAAAGGGACAUUGUGUCAAGGAAUCCAAGUAUUCAUUGGGAUGACAUAGCGGAUUUAGAAGAAGCCAAGAAAUUAUUAAGAGAAGCUGUCGUCCUUCCAAUGUGGAUGCCUGAUUUUUUCAAAGGGAUCAGAAGACCUUGGAAGGGUGUGCUGAUGGUUGGUCCUCCUGGCACUGGCAAAACAAUGUUAGCAAAAGCUGUUGCUACCGAAUGUGGAACAACAUUCUUCAAUGUCUCUUCCUCUACUCUGACAUCUAAAUACAGGGGAGAGUCUGAGAAGCUAGUCCGCCUCUUGUUUGAAAUGGCGAGAUUUUAUGCUCCAACAACAAUCUUCAUUGAUGAAAUAGAUUCCAUCUGCAGCCGCAGAGGCACAUCCGACGAACAUGAGGCGAGUCGCAGAGUCAAGUCAGAGCUGCUUGUGCAAAUGGACGGGGUGGGUGGUGCUUUGGAAAAUGAUGACCCUUCCAAAAUGGUUAUGGUAUUAGCAGCUACAAAUUUUCCCUGGGAUAUUGAUGAAGCUCUCCGAAGAAGACUGGAGAAGAGGAUUUAUAUACCUUUGCCCACAGCAAAAGGCAGAGCAGAACUACUUAAGAUUAAUCUUCGGGAAGUAGAACUGGAUCCUGAUAUCAGCCUUGAAGACAUUGCUGAGAAAAUUGAAGGAUAUUCCGGUGCUGACAUCACUAAUGUUUGCAGGGAUGCCUCUUUAAUGGCAAUGAGACGGCGUAUUAACGGCUUAACUCCAGAAGAGAUUCGAGCACUUUCUAAAGAGGAACUGCAGAUGCCGGUUACCAAGGGGGACUUUGAGCUGGCUCUGAAGAAAAUCUCCAAAUCUGUUUCUGCUGCAGACCUGGAAAAGUAUGAAAAAUGGAUGGCAGAGUUUGGAUCUGCUUAAUCUCAGUAACAGCUCUCUUUUGCUAGACUUUUACGGCUUUUGUUGUUUUCACUUGUAAAAUGAGUUAGAAAUCUUUUUAAAGAUUUAAUGAAAGGUCUGCCUUUACUCCCCCUCUCCCCCUCCCCCUUUCCUGUGACAAGAUCUCCUUUUAAAUUGCCUUUGCAUUUAAAGGGAAUGAGCACAGUAACAAACUUAUAUUAUAAAUGGUAUUUUAUGUCUGAAUAGUCAAAUUGGACAAACAGGAAGGGAAGAAUAAUACUUUUGAGGAUAAUGUUUUAUUUUCCCAGUGAAGAGCAGUGUUACUUAUCUCCUUAUAGUCAUCUUUUAUGACUGAAAUCAAUAAAUCAGGGGGUGUGACUGCAGAGGAGCUAACAAGGGCAUGCUGUUCCCCCUGCUCUUAAGAAGUGCUACAUUUGCGCUGAGCUGCUGACUCUGCCUGCCUUGAAUAUGGCAUCGAAGUUACUCUUCUCUGAUGUGAUUCUCUUUGCUUGAGUAUUCAGAGCAAAGCGUGUGGAUUGAUUGGCAUUAGAUAGAGGAAAUAAGGACUUGUUUUCAUCAAGACACGGGCUCAGCUCUCCUCUCUUGUACGUCCACUUGGCACUGAUGUCACUUCAGACUGGACUGGUGUUACCUGUGACUUCUCCUAAUGGAAAUGAGAGGAAAAGCAAAGGGCCUUGAUUACUUUCAGUCCAAUUUAUGCUUAAUGUCUAAACGUACUUUGUACCCAGUUUGACCAGUAGGCACUUUGACUUAAGUUACACCUUGCACUUUUAUGCUUAUGUAUCAUUCAAAUAUAUUUUGUCUGUGCAUUCUAGAUAUUAUUAUUAUUUAAGUACCAGAAAUUAAUACAGUAAAAACACUAAUAUCAAGGCUGUCCUUCAAACAGAUGGCUGUGGACUGCCAGUCCUGAUUAGGCAUAAAUUCUUUCUUAGCUUUAAUAGACAAUGGAAUUUGUACUUGUUUAUGUUUUAGAACUGUUUACAAUUCAUUUUUUUAAUGAAGAUUUCUUAAAAAUAUGUAACUGUGUAAUUGAUUUUUGGAAAAUGAUCUGUAUGAUCUCAUUUCUGUUCUCACCUGUUUCUUCCCCGCCAAUCCUAAAUAGAAGCGCAAGCGUAGGGAUAAGAAGGGCUGGGUUAUGAACUGUGGCAUGAGAAAUCCUCUCGCCAUAGCAUAGCUGCCAGGCUGGCAGCGUGACUGUUUCACACGCUCUAGCAGCGAGUCUGACAUACAGAGGUUCUCCUACUAGGAAUAAAAAGGAAAGGCCAGAUUUACAAAGAAAUACGCGGUCUGGAAUUCUCAGUGAUUUCCUGGGCUAGGCUCUGAGUAUCUCGGUGACCUAAAGGGGCUAUGCAGUUCAGGAGCUAUUCUGCCCUUGGCCUCUCCGCUGAGAUGCUAGUGACGUCACCAGGUGUGGUAAAGCGGCGUAAGAAACGGAUCUUUUUCCCAAAGUGAGCCAAGGAUUCAGAACUGUCCACCUCCUCUUGAAUGGGAGCGUAUCCUUACUGCUUCUUUUUGCUCGUUCUUGAAACUUGCAAAUAACGUCAAUAAUUCAUCACACUGGUCUGAGCACCUUUUAGGUAUGAAGUGUGAACCAUUAAGGUAAAUGCUGCUCUGGUGUGUCUUCUGUUCAAUAGCAAGGACUGUCAGGAUAUGAACUUGACAACACUGCAGCAUCUAUCAUAUUACGUGGGCUACAUUUGCAAUUGUUUUACCAUCAGUUCCCUGUCUGUCAGUAUUUCUUUUUUCUUCUUUUUAUAUGAAGAACACAUCUUGGAUUGAUCCUGUCAUUUUAUAGGGCUGCCCCAAUUUGCAUGGAGAAACAUCAGGGAGAUUAAUGUCAUCAUGGACAUUCUGUCAGGCUUUUAUUUGACAUGAAACUCAGUUGGGACUGUAGAAGCAUGUUUCCAUGUGGCACUCUAGGAAAAAAGCCUUUUGGGAUUAGUUGAGACGCACAGCUGCUGUUCAUAUUUUUCCAAAGAAUACAGUAUCUCUAUUGGCUAGCAUUAGGCCUUGUUACACUCAAGGACAGGGGAGGUUAACCCAGGAAGAACAUCAGCUUUUAGCCUUUUCAUCUAUGGGGAGAAUAAAAACUGCAGUUCCUUCCUUCCUGACCAGUUCGUGUUACCUAGGUACGGUAGAGCCCUUGAGGUUCACAACACCUUGGCUGUGAGACUUAAGUGGAACAGUGCUCUCUACACUGGAAGAUGAGCAAGCAGAAGCUGUGUUGACUCUUUAUACUUCAUGGAUAAAUUCCUUUAAGGGCUAGUCUGUUCAUCCUAGGAAAUAACUGGACCUUUAUAGAGAGAAAGCUUUAAAAACAUUGCCACAGUCUGUCAUUUCCUCCUCAUGAAAGCUGUAGACUACAGCUGUUAUUGUUUUUUUUUGUUUGUUUUACUGCAGUAGAAAUUAGUAAAACUACGAGAUUCUUUUGUGACCAACAUUAGAGUAGCAGCUCUGGGUCUCUCCCCUAGCCCACUGGGGAGACUGUUGCUGGCUGAGGAGCUUUCACUCUACUCAGACAAGCUCUGGAAGGGAACAGACGUGGAAUCCCAAUAACUCGUUCCAUUUGGCUGCCCAGGAGCAGUGCUGGGAUUCAGCAGCGUCACCUACUUAGAAAGGUGUAAGCAUCAGUUUUCUCAGUUUCAUGUUGCAAGCAGCAGCGCACCUUCUGCUGAUGAAAGUACAGUGUUUAGCAAAAAUGUCAUUCCUUGGCUCUUUGAUAAACCUUCUACCUUAAAGGGUUAAGCUAUCCUCUUGCAUGUAGUGGGAACUGUUCAGGCACUGCAGUCUUUUACUCUCAAGGUAAUGAUCUUUACCCGAAAUGGGUUUUUCUCUAUAGGUCCAUUCAUCCUCUACUGCUGCAAAACAGAAAAGUCAAAGUUUGCAGACCACAGAUCUUUGUAUGUACAACAGUUGUGCCCAAGCAUUGCAGCCAUGGCUCGGGCCCCACUAGAGCGGGCACUCCACGAGACAAAGACCGUCCCUGCCCUGCUGAGACUUUUCAGCGUUGGGAGCUGAUGGUAUAUGCUGACCCUUACAGCUUUGCCAAGACACGUAUAUGCACUCAUCUAGAUGGGCUUGCAGGUUGGGUUAUAAACUCAAGAGGGGAGCCAAUGGAGGGGUCUAACAAGGAGCGACCAGGGAAGGAAGGCCAGGCUAACAGCAGUAGCAACUCAAGGCCCCAAGGAUGAGCCUACAGGUCAGUGAGCAGCGUACAUCCAAUUUAUUCCCCCGGGGGAAACCCUAGUUUAGGGAUGUUUGAAUCAUCAGCAUGCAACGUACUAACGUGUCACAGCCUGCUGCAACAAUUUGUUUGGUCUAUGUCUAUGUGUGUAUGGAGAUACAUAUAUAUGUGUGUGUCUAUAUAUGCAUGCACACACACUGUUCAGUAUGUGGUGCUUCAGUAGUUUGUACCUAAAUUACUCUAAAACAUAUUUUAAAGCUGUGUUUUGGUGUCUCUUUCUAAACAUUUGUAAAUACUCUCUUGGGUGGCCCUGUUAAUUUUUGUACAAUAAGCAAAUCGGUUGUAUGAAGUAAUAAAUGUAUGUGUAGAGUUUUUGUGUUUC